AACUGUGUCAAAUUUUCAUCGAACGAAAUCUGAAAAUUGUGUUUGAGUUUCGAAAUUAUUUGCAAUAUGAUCCGGAGCAGAAUAUUUAUUUCAUUAUUAUUGUAUUGUAUGUUACAAUUAACGCAAUGCACGGAAAAAUACCAUUGUGUGUGGUACGGUGAUUGUGGCCUAUCGGAUAAAGGUUUGCACCGUACGUGCGUAUCAAAUGAUCCUCCGAAGCCAAUCAAUAACACAAUAGCUGAAAAACAUCUUCGUGAAAAAUGUCCACAGUAUUUCCAAAACAUAGAUUCAAAUGUUUCACCGGAAUUAUGUUGCGAUCCUGAUAAUAUUGAAACAUUGGUUACGCAACUAUCCAUGGCCGAAAGUAUUUUUGGCCGAUGUCCCACAUGUAUAAAAAAUGCAUAUAAAUUAUUGUGCGAUUUAAGCUGCAGUCCUGAACAAAGUAAAUUUCUAAAUGUUACAAAAACAAAUGAAAAUUCAGAAGGCAAAAAAUACGUUACAGAGAUAGAAAUUUCGGUUGCAGAAGAAUACAUGAAUGAAACAUAUAAUUCUUGUAAGAAUGUCGUUUAUCCAGCAUCUGGAAAUUUAGCUAUGGAUUUGGCUUGUGGAGUUCAUGGUGCUAGUAGAUGCACUCCAAAAUUAUGGUACGAGUAUCAAGGUGAUCCGGAUAUGAAUGAUUUUAUAAGUUUUCGAAUGAUUUUUAACACGGAUAGACCGCGUUGGAACGAAUCUACAAAAACAUGUGACGAAAUGUAUGAUGGUUUAACAGCGUGUAGUUGCGUUGAUUGCCCAUCAUCCUGUCCUCUUGUCAAAUUAAAUGAAGACAAUGACGAUUUCAUUCUUUUUGGACGCAAUGGCUAUGCAGUCGUAACAGCAAUUGUUGUUGUUUUAAUUACCUUGGCAAUUACAUGUACAUGUGUUGCAUAUAAUUUAAAGAGAAGAUCCCGCUCAGAUAGAAUAUUUGACAAUAAAGACAAGGAAAAGAGGAUUUAUUGUAAAAAAUAUCACGAGAUAUUUCACGUGGCUUUCACUGCCUGGGGCAAAGCAUUCGCAAAGCAUCCAGUCAUCGUAUUAUUCACCUUUUUAUAUGUGAUAUCGGGAUUAAGUUACGGAAUAACGUACCUUUCUGUCACAAGUAAUCCGACUGAAAUUUGGGCAGCACCUACUAGUAGAGCUAGACUUGAAAAAGAUUACUUCGAUUCUCAUUUUCAACCGUUCUACAGAACCGAGCAGAUUUACAUCAAACCCAUAGGCAUCGAUAAGGUAUUCCACAACACAACCAAUGGUCAUUUUGAAUUCGGUCCUGUAUUUAACAAAGAAUUUUUACUCGCCGUGUACGAUCUCCAAAAUAAUAUACUACAACUUGGACAAGAAGAUAGAGAAGGUUUAGAACAUAUCUGCUAUGCUCCUGUUCAAAAUGAUUUUACCGGGCCAAUCACUUUGGACCUUUGCACAGUACAAAGCGUAUGGGGAUAUUUUCAAAAUGAUCUCGACACUUUUAAUAAAACACAUUUAGUAGAUUCGUACGAGAUAAAUUAUUUGGAUCAUUUAUACAAGUGUGCGCAAAAUGCGUAUAAUCCCGAAUGUCUGGCACCGUACAAAGGACCAGUUUUACCCGCAUUAGCUUAUGGUGGAUUUCUUCGUGAAGGUGAAUUCAAUUACGACGCGGAAGAUUAUAUCAAAUCGACCGGAUUAAUUUUAUCGUUCCUCGUGAAAAACUCGCUGAACGAAACUGUGCUUCAAUCAGUUCGCAAAUGGGAGCAACGAUUUCUUGACUUUAUGAAAAAAUGGAAUGACAAUGAGAGACCGGAAUAUAUGGAUGUUGCAUAUACUACGGAGAAAUCGAUUGAAGAUGAAUUAGAGCGAUCGUCGAAAUCAGAGGCAAUAACAGUAAUCAUCAGUUACGUGCUGAUGUUCUUUUACGUAGCUUUCGCUUUAAACGAAAUGAAAUGUUCCAUCAAAAAAUAUUUUGCAAACAGCAAAAUAAUAUUAAGUAUCGGUGGAAUUAUUAUCGUAAUAGCAUCAGUAGCGUGUUCCCUUGGUAUAUUUGGCUAUGUCGGAGUACCUACAACACUACUCACGAUCGAGGUAAUUCCAUUUCUGGUACUGGCCAUAGGCGUAGAUAAUAUUUUUAUUUUGAUUAAUACGCAUCAAAGAAACCCAAAACGUAGCGAGGAAUCGAUACCUGAUCAUAUUGGGAGAAUUUUAGCAGAAGUUGGACCGUCAAUGUUUCUCACUAGUAUGUCCGAGUGCUUCUGCUUUUUGAUCGGAACGUUAUCGAAAAUGCCUGCCGUAAAUACUUUCGCCCUUUAUGCGUCUGUAUCCAUCUUAAUCAACUUUUUCUUGCAAAUAACUGCAUUUAUUAGCCUUUUAUCGUUAAAUCAGCAACGAUUCGAGAACAAUUUUCUAGAUGUAUUAUGCUGCAUAAAAACAAAAAAGGAAAAUUUUACAACCAAGGAAACGAGUCUCGUACAUACGAUUUUCAAACGUUUUUACACACCUUAUCUUAUGAAAACACCAAUCAGAAUAAUUGUAUUAAUCGCAUUCUUCGUUAUGCUAGUUAUGCACAUCGUAAUAUUACCAGAUAUUACUAUUGGAUUGGAUCAAAAGCUUUCGAUGCCUAUAGAUUCUUAUGUUUUGAAAUAUUUUGAGUUUAUGGAGGACCUUUUAUCAAUGGGUCCACCUGUUUAUUUUGUGGUAACUCCUGGACUCGAUUAUAGUAAUAAAACAAUACAAAAUGUAAUUUGUGGUAGUCAGGGAUGUAACAGUGAUUCUCUGUACACACAAAUUUAUUCAGCAGCUAAACAACCGGCUAUAUCGUAUUUAUCGAAAGCAGCUUCAUCUUGGAUGGACGAUUACAUAGAUUGGUCAAAGAUAUCCGGCUGCUGUAAAUAUUUUCAAGCUAAUCAAUCAUUUUGCCCACAUACGAACUUUAUGUGUCCUUCUUGUGACAUUCAUAUUGAUGAGGAUCAUCGACCAGAAACAAACAGUUUCCGAAAAUAUAUAUCGUACUUUCUACAAGAUAUUCCGGAUCCAACCUGCGCGAAAUCUGGUCGAGCUGCAUAUCUUGAUGCAUUAAAUUAUUACACAGACGAACAUGAAUUAACGGAUGUCAAGGACAGUUAUUUUAUGGGAUAUCAUACCCCGUUAAAAAAAUUAUCUGAUUGGUACGAAUCUUUAAAAUCUGCCAGAAUUAUCGCAGAUAAUAUUACAACUAUGAUAAAUAAUAAAAGUCUAACUGACGAGAAGAUAACUGUAUUUCCGUAUAGCAUAUUUUAUGUUUAUUACGAGCAGUAUCUUACAAUCUGGAAGGAAACAUUAUUCUCAUUGGGUUUGUCCCUUUGUGUGAUCUUCUUAGUGACCCUGAUCUUAACAGGAUUAUCGUUAUUUUCGGCAAUAAUAGUAGCAUUGACAGUAUGGAUGAUUAUCGUAAAUAUAGGUGGCCUCAUGUAUUGGUGGAAUAUUGAAUUAAACGCAGUCUCUCUCGUCAAUUUAGUAGUGGUAUGGUAACAAAACAGCAUACAAUUACAUACUAAUAACAAA